CUCUCGAUGUACGAGCUCCCGCCAGCGGAGCCCAUCUCCGUCUCCGAAUUUGAGGAGUUUGCAUACGACCGGCUGCGACUCCUGAGCACCAUCGAGCUCGCGCGCGCCAAGGGUCUCAAGGGUGCGGAGCUCGAGGCGCGGAUCCGCAAGGCGCGCGACGAGUUCAUGCCCCUCUCACCCACGGGCCUGAUCAAGGACUACUACUCGCACUUCAUCCUGCGGUUGGCAUACUGCCGCUCGGAGGACUUGCGCCGGUGGUUCCUGCAGAAUGAGCUGGAGCUCUUCAAGUGGCGGUUUGUCAACAACCCGCCCGAGGACCGCGCCGCCUGGCUGCGCGCCAAGGGUCUCCAGUACGAGGCCAUCUCGCGCGAUGAGUACGAGGAGAUCAAGGAGGAGCUGCACCAGGCAUCGCCUCAGCCGCCCUCCCCGCCCUCCCGCCCCCGCGCUCUCCACUACAAGGUGGCGUUCGAGGAGGUGGUCGACCUGGUGCGGCAGCGGCGCGUCUAUCUGCGCGGCGGCUCCGCCUUCGUCCCCGCGGCCGACCUCGUCUCGAUCGUCGCGACCGCCCGCCCUCCCCGCCUCCCCCUUCCCUCCCCCACCUCCCUCCUGGCCUCCGUUUUUACCCCCCCCCCCCCCCCCCUCUCCCACAAGGCGGACCGGCUCGCCUCCUUCCUCGAGGGGCUAGCGACGCAGUACGUGGGCGACGACUACUCGCGCCCUCGCUCCGGCUCGGCGGUGAGCUUGGCCGACCUGCCGACCGUCAGCCGCCGCUCCUUCCCUCUCUGCAUGCACAACAUGCACGCCAAGCUGCUCGAGACGAAACACCUCAAGCACUCUGCGCGGCAGCAGUUCGGACUCUUCCUGAAGACAAUCGGCCUGCCCAAGCGCCUCAGCUGUGAGGAGUCGACGGCCUUCUUCCGAGCCGAAUUCACCAAGAAGGGAAUGGCGGCCGACAAGUUCAUGCGAGACUACGGCUACGGCGCGCCCCCCCUCCAUCGCCUGGGCAAGCGGCAGGACUGGAGCGCCAUGUCCUGCGGCAAGAUCAUCAACUCCUCAACCCCGUCCAUUGUGUCAUCCCUUCUAGGCGCCAACGCGGCCGCCGGCGAGCAUCACGGCUGCCCGUUCCGCAACUACGACGAGGGCCAGAUGCGCGCGACGCUUCAGCAGAUGCAGGUGGGGGCGCAAGACGUGCAGUACAUCCUCGACAAGGUGCGCGGGCAGCACUACCAAGUGGCGUGCGGCAAGUUCUUCGAGGCGCGGCACAAGGGGUCGACGCUCAUCGAGACGGACCUCGGCGGUAUCAAUCACCCCAACCAGUACUUCGAGGAGUCGCAAAAGUUCUUCGCGCCGAAGGAUGAGGCCGCC